GGCAGAGUGAGACCUCCUGCAUUCUCUCCACUAAAGGGCAGCGAGCCCUGGGGUCUAACAGUUAUCCAGCGUGUCAGCUUUUGCUUUGUUUCCCUCUCUUUACCGCCCGCUUUCCAAGAAACCACCAUGUUUGCCGUCAGAAACGCACUCCGCCUCGGCUCCAGGUUAUCCAUCCCCGCGGUGGCGAGGAGAGGAUGCGCCGGAGCUGCCAUCCCGGUGGACGAUGUGGUGAACGGGCUCACCGACGAGCAGAUACAGCUCAGACAGACGGUACGUAAAUUCUGUGCAGAGAAGCUUGCACCUUAUGCUGACGAGAUCGACAAGACGAAUGAAUUUCGUGGAAUGCGGGAUUUUUGGAAAGAGAUGGGGGAGAUGGGGCUCCUUGGAAUCACUGCUCCAGUGGAAUAUGGGGGCACAGGAUUGGGCUACCUAGAUCAUGUCAUUGUGAUGGAGGAAAUGUCACGGGUGUCAGCAGCCAUUGCUCUCAGUUAUGGAGCCCACUCUAACCUUUGUGUCAACCAGAUGGUACGCCACGCAAACGAAAAGCAGAAGGAGAAGUACAUGCCAAAGUUAAUGACAGGAGAGCACGUCGGAGCUCUGGCCAUGAGUGAGCCCAAUGCCGGUUCAGAUGUCGUAUCCAUGAAACUGAGAGCCAAGAAGAAAGGUGACUACUAUGUUCUGAAUGGCAACAAGUUCUGGAUCACAAAUGGGCCAGAUGCCGAUGUCCUUAUUGUUUAUGCCAAGACAGAUCCUGAGGCCCAUCAAAGAGGCAUCACAGCUUUCAUUGUUGAAAAGGGAAUGCCGGGAUUCUCUACGGCACAGAAGCUCGACAAACUCGGCAUGAGGGGAUCAAACACCUGCGAGCUGAUCUUUGAAGACUGCAAAAUCCCAGAGGAAAACAUCCUCGGCCCGUUGAACAAAGGUGUUUAUGUGAUGAUGAGCGGCUUAGAUCUGGAGAGGCUGGUGCUCGCAUCUGGACCUCUUGGCAUCAUGCAGGCAGUUCUAGACUUUGCCAUUCCCUACCUACAUGUCAGAGAAGCUUUCGGACAGAAGAUUGGACACUUUCAGCUGAUGCAAGGCAAGAUGGCUGACAUGUACACCAGACUGAGCUCUUGUCGGCAGUAUGUGUACAAUGUUGCCCGGGCUUGUGACAAAGGACACUUCAGUGCAAUGGAUUGUGCUGGAGUGAUCCUGUAUUGUGCUGAGAACGCCACUCAGGUUGCUUUGGAUGGCAUUCAGUGUUUGGGUGGCAACGGCUACAUCAACGACUACCCUAUGGGGCGAUUUCUACGUGAUGCAAAGCUGUAUGAAAUCGGCGCGGGCACAAGUGAAAUUCGCCGGCUCAUCAUUGGACGAUCCUUCAACGCCAUGUACAAAUAAGCUGAACAGAGAAAUGGCGACCGCUGCAGACUGAAUGAAUGGUUCGCCGUGGAUGAACACAGUCACUCACACCCAGGGCCUUAUACUGAAGAGUUGUUGCUGCUGUAAGGAUGUUGUGGGUUUUCAUAAUCAGUGUCAUCUGGUGUUUUAAUUCAUAAACAGUAUACACAUGAAAUCACACAGAGCUGACAGGGAUGUCACAAAGCUAACUGACAACAGACAAAACAAAUUAAAUGUUGAUUUAAGAAUGAUUUGAGGUGGCCUUUAUGCCAUUUAGCCUUUUUUUAUAUUAGGCUAACUUUAGUCCCAGUUACUUAAUAACCACUGAAAUGCCAAUGCAACAGUCUAAAACAUUGACUUUAUAAUUAUUGAGCCUUAUAAACAGGCAGCAAAGAUUUUCCUCUUAUGUGAUGAAAUUGAAUUUGGAAAUCUUUGACAUGGUUGUGUAUCAGUUUUUUGUUUUUCUUGUAUUUUACAGUUUAUUUAGGCCCCACCACAACUAAAUGUAAAUUGAUCCGCGUCGUCUUUAACACUCCGAGCUCCAAAACCUCUGCUGCAGAGAUCUCAAGGGUUGCAAGAACAAAUUGUAUUAUGACUACUGUAUCAUUUCUUGUGUAAGGAAAAUGGCAAAUAGAUGCCAGGGGCUUAUUGUUGCUGCAGGACACUUUGGCAGGUCACUGUUGAUGGGAUAAAAUGUGACAACACCCACUAAUGACUUUCUCUAACAGUCAUCAUCACUACAUUUGUAGGAAAAAUAAGUCUCAUGAUUUUACUCUUAUCUCUCUCUUUAAACGCGUGGAGUUUUUGUAUUUAACUCGGCUGUAAAUUAAAUCUUCAUAAACUCCCUUUCAUGAUUUCAGCGCAAACUGAAAUGUUUCUGAUGAUUGAGUGAGAACAGCUGAUGUCUGUGAUUCCCCUGUUGAAUUAGCAUUAGAAACCCUCUUUGUUCAUUUUUGGGAGCAAGCAUAUUUAGCUGUUGUACACUGUGUAAAUCAGUCCCACUGGAGAGUCCCUCUGUAAGAUUUGUUUGUCUUGUCCUCACUACAGGAUUUCGAUUUAAUUAUCUGUAUGUAGCUGUACAGUAUGAAAAUGUAUGACAAAUACUAGUUUUGUUUGCAAUAAAUAAAAAUGAAACAUUUUUUAAUUCUG